CUUUGUUUGUCAGCCUGACUAAUCACCGAGCUCCCACUUGGAGAAGUUUCUUGUAACGCCAGAAGAAAUAUAUGCCACAGCUACAGGACCUUUCAGCGCACAGCUCCACAUGAACAAGAGAAGAAGAUUGCAGAUUUUUCACCUUGAAAGAUCAGCCGUCAACACUAUGCGGUGAGAUUUCUAAGAUCAAAUUUCUCUGACAUCGCUGUUUAUCAACAUCGCUCACUAUGUGUGUGACCGAUAGAUUUAUUUCUUCCCCAGAAAACUAUUAAAGAGUGUUGCAUCCUUGAAAUUUGAUUGCCAUGGCAGCUUUUGACUUCACGUCUGUCUUCGAUUAUUUGAAUGAGCAGAAUAUUACAUUAGCAAAUCAAACCUGGAUCACUUGCAUAAAUGACUCUGACUGUUUGACCUGGGAGAUUCAUAAUUGUCUACAAGAUAUCAGUAAGAAGGCCAUCCUGCAUACGAUAUCGUUCUUUUACAUCCUGAUUUUUAUCAUUGGUUUGGUGGCCAACAUCGUUGUGGUGUAUGUGAAUGUGAAGACAAAUCGUUCAAGGCAUGAGACACACUUCUACAUCCUAAACCUGGCCAUUGCAGACUUGUGUGUGGUAAUCACCCUUCCUAUCUGGGUCACAUCUUUCCUCCAGCAUGGCAUUUGGCCCUUUGGAGAGUUCAUGUGCAAAUUUGUUCACCUCGUCUUCACUGUCAACCAGUUUGGGGGUAUCUUCUUCUUGACAUGCAUGAGCGUGGACAGAUAUGUCUCAGUCACGAGGCUCCAAGAUUCUAUGGACCGAAAGAAAGCGUGGACCCGUAAAGUAAUCUGUAUGUUGAUUUGGAUGUUUGCCUUUCUGGUGUCCGUUCCAGAUCUAAUUUUCUUGAAAGUGAAUAGCCACUAUGAGGGUCAACCUAUCUGUCAUCUGUCUUACCCUGAGGAAAACUUCAGACAAUGGAUGGCGGGGAUGGAAAUGUUCUGCAUCCUGAUAGGAUUUCUUUUCCCUUUCCUCAUUAUUGCAGUUUUCUAUUUCCUCCUAGCUACAGCCAUCCCAAUCACAAACGACCCGGAGAGGAAAAAUUGCCGGAAGAUAAUAUUUGUCUAUGUCAUUGUUUUCCUUAUCUGCUGGUUUCCUUAUCACUCUGUUCUGUUUCUUGAUGUUUUGUGGUUCCUAAACCUUUUAUCUUUCAGUUGUCAACUAGAAAAUUUCAUAAUAGUUGCUCUAAACAUCACUCAGUGUCUAUCUUUGGUGCAUUGCUGUGUCAAUCCUGUCCUCUACAGCUUCAUCAACAAAAACUAUCGAUAUGAUCUUAUGAAAGCUUUUAUUGUCAAAUACUCUGUCAAAUCUGGCAUCAUGAAACUUAAGGACACAACUGAAACAGAGUGUUGCAUACUAGAGUGCCCUUAAUGUAACACUCCAUUUUAGAUCAGAUAUUUCCUUUCAAAGACUCAACUUCGCUAUUAUGACAAUUCUACUGAAUGAUUCAAUUGUGCAGAAAGAUUUGAGAUGCUGAUUAGAUAUUUCCAGGAACGCUGGACAAGAUUCUAAUUGAGGGAGUUUAUGAAUGCAAAUACACUCUUAGCAGAUUUUACGCAGCCAAUUAAGCUUCAAUUUCACAAAUAAACCACAUGUAUUGCGUAGUAGAAACAAGGAACUGCAGCUGCUGGUUAAUACACAAAAGGGCACAAAGUGCUGGAGUAAUUCAGCAGAUUAGGCCGCAUCUCUGGAGAACAUGGAUAGAUGAUAUUUCAAGGUUGAAGGCUCUUCUUCCUUAAAUGCAGAAACAAGGAAUUGCAGAUGCUGGUUAAGGCAGAAAAGGAAGAAACGUCACGCAUCCAUGUUCUCCUGACCUGGUUCCUGCCUGACCUGCUGAGUUAUUCCAGCAUUUUGUGUCCUACAUGUAUUACUAAUGUAUACAAAGUGUUAGUGUAUAUUUAUGAGUUAUACUAAAUACAGAACUAUACUAAUAUAAUGUAUACACUAAAGAGUCCCAAAGAUUUGGGCAACUAGCUCCCCCAGAGAUGCAUAUGCAAUGGAUGCAGAAUUUUUUUUUCAAAUAAUAUCUAAAUUACAUUUGAUCCUACAAUAUAGCUCAUAUUCAUGUACACCUCAACCCAUCUUCUGCUAAAAUUCCUUCGAACUUUUGAAAAAUGUUUUGAUAUAAAAUAAAUAUGUGAUUUUAUUUUUAAAUGGUCUGAGACAAAGAUAUAGUUGUUCAGAGGGACCUGGAUGUACCUUGUACACAAUCAUUGCAGGUUUUACAGCUUGCGAUUCCAAAGGCAAGCAAUGCUGGCCAUUAUUAAACAAAUAAAGACGCCUCAGGGCACUUAUAUAAAGCC